AUGUCAACUGCCUCCAAACAUCUCGUCAUUUUCACACCACGUGCUCUCACCGUCGAUAACGGUGCUCCUCCCCCUUCAAACGAUCUUUCUGAGGCUUUUUCCCAAUGGCUUGCUGGGAGAGCCCAAUCUGAAUUGCAGCUUUUCAGCGUUGCAACAAAGUCAGUGGGAGGCAGCAACUUGGACUCCACUUUCGAUAACUUCGUUCAAGCCCUAGAACUUGCCGAUUGCGCAAUUAUUGUGUUUCCGGGACAACAUGUCUGUGUUCUUGAUGCCUUUUAUCCACGUCUUCUCGUCCAUCUCACAAUGAGGCCCUGGUGGCUCAAACGGAUGCUCCUCGUAAGCCUGGGAGAGAUCGCUAAAAAUGGAAAGAAGUUCGACCCUAUGCUGCUAUCUCAUCCCCCAGUCAUCUUUUCAACAUCGCCAAAGAUGUGGGAAAACGAGUUAAGACAAUGGAAGGAGGUUGCUGAUUUUAUUCAUCGUAAGACUUGA